AUUGUGUUUGAAACACAGUGGGUUUGCUGGUUUGUGAACUUUGGUGGUGAAUACAGGUGAGGUGUUCUACUGUAUUCCAGUGUUCAUUUCACUACUGCUGUGGCUGAAACAGGAGCUGAAGUGGAAAAACGGCUGGGUCCUCAUUACAAUCUCACCCAGUUUUCCUUCCUGAGUCCUGGGCUCUCAGGAUGCCAAGAUCAUUCUUCAGCAUACGGAACAGACAUAGCCCUUAGCUACAGGUGGGGGAUGGUUUCCCUGCCUUUGCCAUAGGAACAGGUUUUGCAGCUUUUUUUUUUUUUUUUUAAUUUCUAGGUCCCUAGAGCUCCAGAAAUUCUUGUUGUCUCUGUACACAAGUCAUCAACUGUUUGGAAUAAUGCAGGAUCUCUUAGGGGGAUUUAUGGCUAGCACCUUGGAAUCUGAGUCUAAAUUGGAACAGGAUAUGAGUAAAAGGAAGCAGUCAGAAUGAGCAGGUGUUCUCAUACCCCCACUUUUUGGCCAUUCUGAGAAUUGUACACAUCAGGAAAAUUAUAUUUAGCAAAGCUCAAUGUCCCUCCACCCCAUCUCCCCCUCAAGCAUUUCUUCUGUCAGCUCUGUGAUUGGGCCAGUGUGAUCUUAACUUGCUUUGCCAUCUUUUGUGGUCACUGAGCUCACCAGAUGUACUCUGAUAACAAACAGUCCCAGGGCAUGCUUGGCUAGAUUGUCAUUUUAUUGCUGAGAAGUUUCUGGGCAGCCAGAAAAUGAUAAAGUUGUCUUGGGUGGCAGCACGACAAGAGAAUGAAGUUUGUGCUCCAGCUGUUGGGGAGAGGAAGGUUACUCAGUACAACAAAGGAUUAUCACUCCAUGUCGGAAGCUCAUCCUUUGUGCUGAUAACAGAAAAGAGAUGGAAGAUUGGAUUGCAGCACUGAAGACUGUACAAAACCGUGAACAUUUUGAGUCCACCCAGUACAGCAUGGACCAUUUCUCAGGGAUGCAUAACUGGUACGCCUGCUCCCACGCCCGGCCAACGUACUGCAACGUGUGUCGGGAGGCCUUGUCUGGGGUCACGUCACACGGGCUGUCCUGUGAGGUCUGCAAGUUUAAAGCCCACAAGCGCUGUGCUGUGCGGGCAACCAACAAUUGCAAGUGGACAACUCUGGCCUCUAUUGGGAAGGAUAUCAUUGAGGAUGAAGAUGGGAUCUCAAUGCCACAUCAGUGGCUGGAAGGAAACCUGCCUGUGAGUGCCAAAUGCACUGUGUGUGAUAAAACCUGUGGCAGUGUCCUGCGUUUGCAAGACUGGCGCUGCCUGUGGUGCAAAGCCAUGGUACACACAGCAUGUAAAGAGUUGUUGCCAAACAAGUGCCCCCUUGGGCUCUGCAAAGUGUCUGUCAUUCCUCCUACUGCUCUUAACAGCAUUGAUUCAGAUGGUUUCUGGAAAGCUACUUGUCCCCCUUCUUGCACAAGCCCUUUGUUGGUCUUUGUCAACUCAAAAAGCGGAGACAACCAAGGCGUAAAAUUUCUACGAAGAUUCAAACAACUGCUGAAUCCAGCCCAGGUCUUUGACCUCAUGAAUGGAGGACCUCACCUUGGUUUACGCUUAUUCCAGAAAUUUGACACUUUCCGGAUUCUAGUUUGUGGUGGGGAUGGAAGUGUUGGCUGGGUUCUCUCUGAAAUUGAUAGCCUCAACCUCCACAAGCAGUGCCAGCUGGGAGUGCUGCCCUUGGGAACAGGGAAUGACCUUGCCCGUGUUUUAGGCUGGGGCUCUGCAUGUGAUGAUGAUACCCAGCUCCCGCAGAUCCUGGAAAAGUUGGAGAGGGCCAGUACCAAAAUGCUGGACAGGUGGAGCAUCAUGGUGUAUGAAACCAAACUCCCUCGCCAGGCCUCCACUUCCACAGUCACUGAAGACUGCAGUGAGAAUUCAGAGGUGCAGAAGAUUCUCUGCUAUGAAGAUUCUGUGGCUGCUCAUUUGUCCAAAAUUUUGACUUCUGACCAACACUCAGUGGUGAUCUCCUCAGCCAAGGUGCUUUGUGAGACAGUGAAGGAUUUUGUGGCUCGAGUAGGGAAAGCCUAUGAGAAGGCAACAGAAAGUUCAGAGGAGUCAGAGGUCAUGGCCAGGAAGUGCUCUGUCCUGAAGGAGAAGCUGGACUCAUUGCUGAAGACACUGAAUGAUGAAUCUCAAGCAUCCUCCUCUCUGCCCAACCCUCCUCCCACCAUUGCAGAGGAGACGGAGGACGGGGAUGGGUCGGGCAGUGCUGGUGACUCUUCCAGUGAGCUCUCGGUGGGCUCGGCGUGCACUGCACGGCCCCAGAUAUUCCGUCCCCGAGAGCAGCUCAUGCUGAGAGCCAACAGCUUGAAGAAAGCCAUUCGUCAGAUAAUAGAGCAUGCAGAGAAAGCUGUAGAUGAGCAGAACGCCCAGACCCAGGAGCAGGAGGGCUUCCUCCUUAGUCUCUCAGCCUCUGAGGAGGGCAAGGAGCUGAGGAACGAGGAUAAGAUUUCUGUGCAAUCAUCACACAGCAGCAGCUAUGGAGUGUCCAAGGGGAGGAGCCAGAGGAAAGCCUCCAAGUCUCCUUGCGAAAGACUAAUAAACAAAGGAAGUUUGUCACUGGGCAGCUCUGCAUCCCUUCCUCCCCAGACAGGAAGCCGGGACAACCUGCCAAUGCUGAACACAAAAAUCCUCUAUCCAAAUAUGCGUGCUGGCAUGUCAGGUUCUUUGCCUGGGAGCUCUGUCAUCAGCCGAUUGUUGAUCCAUGCUGAUCCCUUCAACUCUGAGCCUGAAAAUCUUGAAUGUUACACAGAGAAGUGUGUCAUGAAUAAUUACUUUGGAAUUGGACUGGAUGCAAAGAUUUCUUUGGACUUCAAUAACAAACGUGAUGAGCACCCAGAGAAAUGCAGAAGUCGUACAAAGAACAUGAUGUGGUAUGGAGUGUUGGGGACCAAGGAGCUGCUGCACAGAACAUACAAAAACCUGGAGCAGAAGGUCUUGCUGGAGUGCGACGGGAGGCCAAUCCCUCUGCCCAGUCUCCAGGGGAUUGCUGUACUCAACAUUCCCAGCUAUGCAGGAGGCACCAACUUCUGGGGGGGAACCAAGGAAGAUGAUACAUUUACAGCCCCUUCCUUCGAUGACAAGAUUUUGGAGGUGGUGGCUGUGUUUGGUAGCAUGCAGAUGGCAGUGUCACGUGUGAUAAACCUACAGCAUCACCGGAUUGCACAGUGCCGGACAGUAAAGAUAGCAAUCCUUGGAGAAGAGGGAGUUCCCGUGCAAGUGGAUGGAGAAGCCUGGAUCCAGCCUCCAGGUUACAUUUGGAUUGUUCAUAAGAACAGGGCACAGACCCUCACCCGAGACAGGGCAUUUGAGAGCACCCUGAAGUCUUGGGAGGACAAACAGAAGUGUGAGUUGUCACGACCCUCCUCGUUCUCUCUGCAACCAGAGAUCAUGUCUGAAGAAGAAUCCACCCAGAUCAUCCAGUUUGGUCAAGCUGCAGGUGCUCUGAUCCACAGCAUUCGGGAAAUAGCUCAAUCCUAUCAGGACAUGGAACAGGAGCUUGCCCAUGCUGUCAAUGCCAGCUCCAAGUCUAUGGACAAAGUCUGCGCUAAAUCCAAGUCUACAGAGGGUCUGAACUGCAGCCUUGUUGUAGAGAUGGUGAAUAAUGUCAAAGCCCUGCACAAUGAGACAGAGCUGCUGCUGGCAGGCAAGAUGGCACUGCAAUUAGAUCCGCCACAGAAGGAGCAGCUCCAGGCAGCCCUGGCAGACAUGGAUCUCCAGCUGAGGAAACUGGCUGACAUCCCUUGGCUGUGGCAGCUUAUGGAGCCCUGUGAUGAGGAGAACCAGAUGCUGGAUUAUUCUAAACGCAGCCGCAGUGGCAAAUUCCGCCUGGUGACCAAGUUUAAAAAGGAGAAGAACAACAAAAAUAAGGAGACUCAUAGUAGCAUGGGAUUGCCCGUUCACCUCUGGGGGACGGAGGAGGUUGCGGCGUGGCUUGAGCACCUCAGUCUUUGUGAGUAUAAGGAUAUCUUCAUCCGGCAUGACGUCCGGGGCUCUGAGCUCCUGCACCUUGAACGGAGGGACCUCAAGGACCUGGGUGUGACCAAAGUGGGUCACAUGAAGAGGAUAUUGCACGGGAUCAAGGAGCUGAGCCGGAGUACUCCUGCCAGCGAGGCUUAGCCUCUGUUUUCACAGCCUGUGUCUACCAUUCUCCCUAACUGCACAGCAGUCACCACAAAAAGCAGAUGUGCUCACAACUAUCUCUGCUGAACAGCCAAAUUGUAGCUGUUCAGAGCUCAUAUCAACCAAGCAUGGUGCUACUUUUUUCCUGUGGGUAUGACUGCAUCCAGUGAAGAGGCGCUUCCUCUGCAGUUGGCAGAGCCUCCUGGAGAGAACUCAGUCACUGUGUGAAGAGCCAUGUCCUGUGUCGUGGGAAAUUCUGGUUCCAGGGACAGUGCAGGACUCCUGAGAAUUGCAACACAGAUACCUUUAUUGGACAUCUUCUUCACAGUAGAAUCAUUCAGGGCAAAAAAUAUAUUGGCCAGUCUUAGUUCAGGAGCAUCUGACAGUCUUUUCAGACCCAAAACUUUCCUGCUCAUCUGUAUGUCACACCUGUAUUCAGCAUAUUUAAGUGGGACAAAGCCUCUCCUUGCAUCUUACUAAUCCCUUUUUAAUUCAUCUGUAGUUGGUGCAGUUUGCAUCUGAAAUUCGAAGCCAGUUCAGACCUCUUCCAAUGAAUAUCCACUGUUUCUCAUUCACUCAUGCUUUUGCAACAAACAGUGCAUGUGCUUCAGACAGGGUUUGCACCAGCUGGUGGGGCCUUCUGCUGAGCCUGCUCUCCUCUUCCAGCCAGGGGCAAUGGUACAACCUUUAGGUUUUCACAAAGAAUGUGGUGCUGAGUCAUCGUGGACAAUUGUUCAGAAAUUCCUGGCAGUAAGAAAAGAAAAUUCUGGAGAGCCAAAUGGUUACAGGAGAUCAACUCUGACAAUGCAUCUUCUGAAUUCAUCUUUGGGAACCAGAGAAAAGGAAGAGGAAAGCUAAUGAGCUGUUUGGACUGCACAAGAAGGGAGAUAUAGGACAACUUGUUUCAUCCUGGGGAGGGAGCAGAGGGAGCAUGACUGGCAAUGGCCGGGUGUAGCUUCCUGCCUGGUUAGUGCCACUUCUGUGGCCACAAACGUGAGAGCUGUUUCUUUACUUCAGCUGGCAGUGUAGAAAAAUAUUUCUGUCACAAGAUAUGUGAUUUAAGUCUUGCAUCUUUUCACCUGUCUUGGUUUUAGUAGCUUUUCCACCUUGCUUCUCUUUCUUGCUGGCUUGCUCCUUCACUCCAGGGACACACAAAAGAUUAGAGUAACUCAGUUCUCCUGGGCUGUACCCCUAAGAGAGAGAAUCCUUAUGCUGUCAAACAUCGGGGCUCCUGUAAGAGCACUGAGAGAAGGAGGAUUGUCACCAAGCAAACAAGCAUCAUAAUGAAAACUGGAAUAUGUUGAUAAAUUGCCUUUGGUACCAGCAACAGUGGAGCAUGGAAAAAAUAGUGCCUCUGAAUUAGAGUUUUGAGAUGGCUGACCCCAGCUGUAUGGCUGUUAAAGCCCAAGACCAGCAUGCAUAGUUAUAUCACCACCUUUAUCACUGCAAAGAGAAUUUGGCAACAGUCAAUGCUGUAAAACUUGAGAGAGCAGAAAUUUUUAAUUACUCUGUUUUUUUAAAAAAUUAUUACAGAGUGGCACUUGUCUGACUAUGGCUGACUAUGACAGAAAAGCCCACAUACACUGUGGCAAAAAAGAUAAUUUGCUGAGGACAUAAUUCUUUUUUUACUUGUAAGGAUUUGUUAUCAAAUUGAUAUCACUCCUCUAGUGUAAUGACAAUCAGUCAAGUUAGUUUAUGCAAAGAUUUGUCAGCUUAUAAAGGCUCUGGGCUGAUUUCAUCCCUGCUGGGCAAGCUCCAUUGAAUUCCCUAGUAUUUCACCAAGGGUUAUUCUGACUCUGCCUGUCUGUUCUAACCAGACACGUUCACCCACGUGUCUCCUCUCAGCCUGCUGAGUGAUAGGGUUUGCUCAUGAGAAGGUAAAAGAACACUCAAUGUGCUUGAUCCAGCUAGAAACACUUACUGUAUAAAUACUGUGGGGCCUGAGCAGGAAAUAUGUCCAGCUGUGCCCUGAAUGUAUUUCUCCCAUGUACAUGCUGGCAAUUGCUUCCAUAGCUGUAUUUUUUAUUUAUCAGUACAGACUCUCUCCAACUAUAUUGAAUUCCUGAGGUACCAAGUAAGUAAGAAUUGCAAACAGUGUUGUCCCACUUGCUUGUUGAGGCACAGAGCAGUAUGUGGAUGAAAAUGUGGAAGAACCUCCUUAGGAGAGCCCCAGGAUGCAGCCAUCCUCAGUGGUGGCGUGCAGUGCCCUCUCAGUGUGUGCAUCCCACUGUCUGUCUCAGAGUUCUGCAUGCCUGGGACAUCCAUGUGCCUUCCCAGGAGAGUGCAGUGAGGGGUGAGGCAGCUGACAACUCCAGAGAAGAGGUGAGAUCUGUGUUUGUUCCUAUGUGUAGUGAAGGAGCUGUUCUGUGAAUUUUCCCCAGGCAGCAUCAUGGUUAAAAUGCAUAAACUGUAGUGCUUGCCUUGCAUAAUCCUUGAGGGAUUAAAUUCUUGCUUCCAUAAAAACAGCCCCUCUUCCUGCCCAGAGCAACAAAGGAGUCCAAAGAGUUUUUACAUUCAUGUGUGUUCUUUGAUUCAUGCCAUUUCUAUCAAGACCUGAUGGCCAUUAGCCAUCUGCAUGAGUGAUGAGGCCUGCACAGACCCAUCUGCAUUUCUUUGGCUUUUAUGAUCUGUGUGUCAAUGCCUUCAGAUCUUUUUUGUGCACAUGCACAUUUAUCAAAGGCUUGACAGGCACUGUAUUCCUGUCUGUUACUUAUCAGAGACAGGGAGGGAGUUCUGCCUUCUUUUAAGAGCUAGAAAAUGGGAUCUGCAUUUAACCUGAGUGCCUUUGAAUAUUUAACUAAGGUAUAGAUCUAAAAAAACCCAAAGGGUUGUAGUUCUGUAUUGUGUGCACUGGGAAUAGUGCAGAUUUAUGUUGGCAAGAUUUUUGUGAAUAGUUGAAGACAAUUUGUCUUGAACAUCAGUGAGUGCUAUCUGCAGAGUAGGGAGCUAGGUAGAACUCUUGGCUACAUUAUUCUGUGUUUCUCUCCUGACAUCUGAUAAUUUUUUGUGGGAGAGACACUCAGGAAAGACAAUUAGUAAAAAAUAUGCUGCUUUGCAAAAAGAGGCUGUCUAGCAGUCUCAGGAACACCAGCCUGAGAGAAGUUAGAACUGUCACAUAUCACACAGGUUUUAGUCCCUGAAGAAAUGCAUCUCCUGUGAAAGCCAUGAGGCACCUUCUGUUUGCACCCCUCACCCCUGGCAAUGGCUGCAGUGAGCUGGGCAUGGGGUUCCUUCUGCUUGGAAGAGGCUUCAGUGUUCUCUCACAUUCUGGCACCAUCCUGGAUAUUUAAUGGCAGAUUCUGAGGAAUGAUGGUUGGGGCUAAGUGAGAUUGCACGCAGUGGAGACUGGAGGGAGCUUUGGCUGCUGGCAGUGCCCUGCCCCGGGCUGCCCUCGGGAGGGCUGGUACAGCCUCUCUGUUGUGGCUUGUGGAUGUCAGCAGGGGCUGGCCUGGUGGCCAAGGGCAGCUGUGCCACUGGUGCCUGGAGGUGCUGGCCCGGCACCUGGGAGCUCCAGCUCUGCCCAGGCCUUCAGUGCCAGUGCUGCGACUGCUUCUGCACCCCAAUCGUGUGGAAAGCCUCAUUCGUUGUUUUAGUGUUAUUUAAAAAUGUGCAUAGUAGCGAUGUGAUUUAUAAAACAGACUGUUUACAAGACAUAUUUUGUAUCUUAAGAUGUGUGUACUGUAAAAAAAAAAAAGGAAAGGAUGAAAAAUGAUGUUUUUCUACAACUGUCAGCAGUGACUCUAUGUCUGUAUCAUUGUCCACCGACCGUUGUUCCUCAGGGGUCUCCCCACCAUUCCUGUGAUCCUGUCAAAAGCAUCGGGAAGCAAGUAAAUCCCUGUACAGUCUUGGGAAAAAAGGUUUUGUGCCUUAAGAAUGGGACCUGCUUCCCUCCUAUUUAUUGUUAAUUUAUACAGUGAUUACCAUGGAAAUGUCUCUUGGGAUUUUUUUGUACAUAGUUUACUUGUUGUAAAUAUGUUUUUCUUGUAUAUAAAGUAAACAUGUUUCCGAGCUUCCAGUAAGGAUUCUCUGUUACUGAUUUCUUGUGAGAGGGCUCUGCCCAUUGGGUGGGAACCAGCUAAUAAAAAUCUGUGCUGUGAUUAAAUGGUUUUAUCCUGGCUUGCAUCAGAAGUUCAGAGCUAUUCCUUGGAGAGGAGUGAAAUGAUACAUGUAAGUGUUGCAGACUAAUUUUGUAGCAUUUUUUUGUGUUGGUUUAAUUGGCAUGGAAAAGACAUCAGGUAGUUUAAUUUUUUCAGCUAUGUCUUGCAGUGACCAAAAGAUGUUCUAAAUGUGGUGCUUCUCCUGGUGCUCAUGCUGAUCGAAGCUGUGCUGGCAGCAAACCCAGAUCUCGAUGGACACUGUGUCAGACUCAGCAGGGCUGUGUUGGUUACCCCUCCUCAGGUGGCAGUUCCUGGCCGCGGUGCCAGGAUGAAACAGGAGCAGUUCUCUCCUCCACCUGGGCCUCUGCGGAUUCCAUUUAUUGCAGGCAAUAUGUACAGACUGGAGUAAGUGAAAAUGCUUUUACAAAGAUGUGGGAGAAGUGAAUUUGCUCAUGAAAUGUAAAAACUGAGUGCUAUAAAUGACACCCAUAAACUUGAAAGAAAAAAAUUUGGAGGUGUUUGGGCGAUGAGUCCAUAGAUUGGAUUGUGACAAGCUUUCUCUUCCAUCUGUACAAAUUGGUGUGUUCAUGAGAUGCUGACAGGAAACUUCCAGCUGAUCUAUUUAAAUUGAGAGGAUGGUUAUAGAGUUCAACAGUACUUUUGCAAAGUAGGUGGAAAGUAAGUUACAAUGGUCAUGAAUAUUUUCUAUGUGAAAAAUAUCUUUGUAUAUGGUAAUUAAACAGAAGUAUGGAGAGAAUAGUGUAUGGAACAGGAACUUCAUUCUAAUGUUACAUACAUGAUAAAAAUGGUGAAACUGAGCAUUACAGUGUUGGUUACCUGGAACCAGAAUAAGGAGAAAAGAAAAACACUGCUGUGUUUACUCACAUGUGCAUCAGACCCUGUGUGUCCAGCUCUGCUUUAAGUGGCACUACAGAAAACAUGCAAAGAAAUCAACAGCAGAGACAGAAGAUAUUCGUACUCCUCUGAUACAGGUUAAUUAAUUUGUAUCUUUUUUUUUAAAUAGUGUGGCAGAAGUAAAUAGCAAAAAACUUACUGUCCCACUCAUUAUGUCAUUACUGAAUGUCAAACCUUUUCAGGGCUGUCAUCCUCUUGGUUUGAUUUAACAACCUAAUGGAUCUCAGGAGGGUGGAAUGGGUUGGGAGGAAGAUGAUCACCUGACAGCCUCAGUGCUGGCUUUUAAAAUACUUAUUUCUUCACUGCAUUGGCAGGAGAAAAUGGGAAAACAAAACUUGCAAAACAAAAGAGGUGAUGAAGAAGUAAGUUAAUUCUUACUGAGUAUCAGUACAGGGGUUAAAAAAGAUGUUUUUAGGAGGCUGACACAUUGGUUUGCAUGUCUGAGGUUGGCAGUUACUAUGUGUGUCCUGAAUUUCCAAUCUUAUUUCUAAGACUAUACCAAGUCCUAGAAACAAACAUGUAUUCAAAACCAGAUAACCUGCAUGGUAGCAAAUAGCCAGGUCAGCUACAAAUGUGAGUAAUACAUGUAAUACAGGGUACUACCUGUGUUUCUAUUUAGGUUUCCUAUUUUUUGUUUCCUGUCUUCAGGUGUGUUUCAUAAACUUAAUUUGUAGCAAAAAUCUGUUGUCAAUAAUCUCAGCUGAAGUUUUCUUGUUGAAUGGCUGAAGUGAGGAUAAAGAACAUACCAGUAGAGCUUUGCAGUGCAUGUAUCUUCCCCAGCUGGGAUAUGGAUGCAGCAGUCUUUUUAGCUGCAGUCCCAAAUGGAUGAACUUUGUUUAAAGAGAACUUGUUUUCAAGAAAGUCUAUGGCCAAAUUUGUGAGGGAUAAAAGAAAUAAAAGUUGUAUAAGCAGUCAGAGCUCUCCUAAUCAUGGGAUGAUGAGCUGAGAUUCUGGGGGGGCCCAUCUUUCCCUAACCUGUGGUGGCACUUUCCCUGAUGAAGGACCCCAGAGGAUUCCUGGGUGCAUAGGUAAUUUGUAUGAAGAUGCCAUAUCUUCAAUAUCAGGAAGAAUUUCUUCAUGCAAAGAGUGGUCAGGCAUUGGAAGGGGCUGCCCAGGGAGGUUUGGAGUUCCCACCCCUGGAGGUGUUCAAGGAAGGACUGGAUGUGGCACUCGGUGCUCUGGGCUGGGUGACAAGGUGGGGAUCAGUCAUGGGUUACACUCAGUGGUCUUGCAGGUCUUUUCCAGCCCAAGUGAUUCUGGAACUCUGCUGCACAGCUCACAGAGCUGCCACUGCAGACACUGUUCUCAGAGAACUGGGACAUGCUGGUUCCUGCCACUUCCAAUGCAAGAAAACUGAAAAGGAUUGGGGAAUUUCUCUAAAUGCUUUGUGUUCAGAAUUCAGUAGAAUACUUUGUUCUGAUGA